AUGGAGCUAUUUCCAGCACAACUAGAUUUGUCAUUGGAAAUCAGUCUUCCAAACAACAUACAAGCAUCAUCAUCAUCAUCAUCAUCAUCAAGAUGGAGAAGAAAUUCAGAUGAUAAAGAAGAAGAAAUGGAUUUGAGAUUUUGGAAAAGAGCUUUGGAAUCCAAAUCAAACACCUUUGAUCUUUCUAUUACCAAUCCAAUGGCUUCUUCUUCUUCUACUACUACUACUUCAAACCACAACAAUCUCAUAUCUCACCCUUUUCAACCGUUUCAUCAAAACCAAAACAAUCACCAAAGCCUAAGUGAAGAACUAGGGUUUCUAAAACCUAUAAGAGGAAUUCCACUUUAUCAAAACCCUCCUCCUCAUCCUUCUGUUGCAUUAUUUUCUCAACCAUCCUUUGAUGCUGCUUCUACUGCUAAUUCUUCGAUUUCAGCAACAAGUUUUCAUUCUCAAAAUUUCAUGAGAUCGAAGUUAUUACCGCGGUUUCCUUCUAAACGUAGCAUGAGAGCUCCAAGGAUGCGUUGGACUUCCACUCUUCAUAAUCGCUUUGUUCAUGCUGUUGAGCUUUUAGGUGGCCAUGAAAGAGCUACACCAAAAUCAGUUCUUGAGCUUAUGGAUGUAAAGGAUCUAACCCUAUCACAUGUUAAAUCUCAUUUACAGAUGUACAGGACUGUUAAAAUUACUGAUAGAGCAGCAUCACCAGGACAAUUUGGUAUAUAUGACAAUGGUUCAUCUGGAGAUACUUCUGAGGAUUUCAUGUUUGACAUAAACUCUUCAACAAGGUCUAAUGAUCUUCAGAGUAAGUUGCCUAGAGAAAUUACUACUAAUCAAGAUAAAGAAAAUCAUGGCUUUUGGAGCAUUUCUUCAAGUAACAGGGAAGCUUGGUUGCAUGGUAAGCCAGUAGAUUACGUUGGAAACUUGCCUUCUCUUGAGGGAAUCGAUCCAAAGUGUCUAAGCAAUGAAAGAAAUUCAUCAGAUGGAAGCUCUUCCUCAAACAUUUCAGGAACAAGUCACAAAAAUCCAAAUUUGGAAUUCACAUUAGGCAGGUCAUUUUGA